CUUUAAUUUGCUUCUCAAAGAAAAUACUUGGAUAUCCAUGGACCUCAACAACCCUAAUUCCUCAAAAUUAGAUAGGAAAUUCAUCGAGAGAAACAGGAGAAAUCAAAUGAAAGCUCUCUGCUCUAAGCUCAAUUCUCUCGUUCCACAUCAGAGUUCUAGGGAAGCGGCAUCAUCACUGCCUGACCAACUAGAUGAAGCUGCGAAUUACAUAAAAAGUUUGAAGGAAAACUUGAAGAGAAUGAAGGAAAAGAGAGACGGCUUAAUGGGAUUGAUCAAAAGUCAAGAAAAGGGUUCAAAAUCCCCUCGAAUCCAGAUUCAAGAAAUGGGUUCUUCGUCUUUGGUGAUUGCGUUGAACGCCGCCGGGUUCAACAGCCAGUUCAUUUUCAAUGAAACAAUCCGUAUUCUACACGAUGAAAGGGCUGAGAUUGUUAAUGCAAGUUUCUCUGUUGUCGAUGAUGAUACUAUUCUACACACCAUUCAUCUUACGAUUGGGGAGGGAUCACCAGAUUAUGGAGCUGCCAGGAUAUCUGACAGAUUGAAGAAGUUUGUGCACGAUGUUGGUGGAUAUAAUAAUCUGAAUUAA